CUUCUCCACCAAUUAAGCUCCCAAUUUCACUCUUUUGCUUUUGCGUUAUCUCAUUCUGUAUCACUUAAAUUUCAUUUUUGUUUGAUUAAUUCAUUUGAGAGAUGAAUGCCGUUGGGAUUAAGCCGCUGCCUGGAUUCGCAACCUUGCGCGACGGCUAUCUCCCAGGUAAUGCGAAAGCGAGGAGCGUUUUGCGAAUCACUGCUGCGGAUGGGUUACAGCAGGCAGUGAGAGUGGAUGUUAAUGGCACUGGCAAUGGCAAGGCCAAGCUCGAUACGCUUAAACCAAAUGGGUCGCCUUUGGGUUCAAUUUUAGCAAAUGGGUUUACUAGCAACGGGAAAAAUCAGAGCCCAUUGUCAAGGAUUGGAAAUUCAACAAAUAUAAAGUGGCAUGAAUGCUUAAUUGAUAAAAUUGAUAGACAAAAUUUGCUCAAUCAGAAAGGUUGUGUUAUAUGGAUCACAGGUCUCAGUGGUUCAGGAAAGAGUACAGUAGCAUGUCAUUUGAGUAAAAUCUUGACUCAAAUGGGAAAGUUGACUUACAUUCUUGAUGGAGACAAUCUCAGGCAUGGUUUAAAUAGUGAUCUUAGUUUUAAAGCUGAAGAUCGUGCGGAGAACAUUCGAAGAGUUGGGGAGGUGGCAAAGCUGUUUUCAGAUGCAGGAGUCAUAUGCAUUGCCUGCCUAAUUUCUCCAUACAGAAGGGAUAGAGAAGCUUGUCGCAAAAUUUUGCCAAAUGGAGAUUUUAUUGAGGUGUUCAUGGAUGUUCCACUCGGAGUCUGUGAGUCCAGAGACCCUAAGGGUCUGUAUAAGCUUGCUCGAGCAGGGAAAAUCAAAGGCUUUACUGGCAUUGAUGAUCCUUAUGAGCCCCCUGCAAAUUGUGAGAUAACACUGAAAUGCGACAAUGGAAUCUAUGCUUCCCCUUCUGCAAUGGCUGAGAAAGUGAUUUGUUAUCUGGAAUACAAUGGGUAUCUCCAGGCAUAGAAAAGGAUUUGUUUACCUCUCGGCCACCCAUGCGAUGCAUGCAAAUGGAUGAAACUCUGGCAACUUCUCAUCAAAACCACCAGGAAUAGUAUUUUCGUUGAUCAUUAGUCUAUGGAUCGAUCACUAAUUUCACUUUUGUUUCUCCGUUGUCAUUUUUAUUUUUUUUUUAUUUUUAAUGUAUUAACAAUUACUUUUUUUGAUAUUUAAUUUUAACUAAAAUUUAAAUUCGA